AAUCAACAUCGUCGUCGUCGUCAUCAUCAUCGUUGUUCGGGUAGUUUAAAUGCAAAAUUUUUAAUACGUUUAAAAUUAAAAAUGCCAAUUCGAAUACAGAUAUUAUUAUCAUCAUCAUUGGGUUUUAUUGCUGCAUUCAGUAUUGGUUGGAUUAUAUUUACAUUAAUAAAUUUAUUAAUGAUAAUUAAUGAUGAUGAUCAACAACCUCAACAAAAUCCAUUUCAUUAUACAAAUAGCUAUUAUUUAAUAACAUGCAUUUAUUCAUUUUGUGUAACAAUAUUUUUAUGUUCAUCAUUACGAUCAUUUACAAAUCGUAAACCUGUAACAAAAACAUCAUUUUUAAAUUUAUCAUCAAAUAAUAAUAAUAAUAAUAAUGAUGAUAACGAUGAUAUUGAUGAUGAUGAACAAUCAUUAUCAUUAUCAUCAUCAUCAUCAUCAUCAACAUUAACAUCAUCAAAAACUAUUGGAUAUUCAAUUGGACGUUUAUCACAAUGGUUAUGGUUAAUAUUCAUUAUUGAAAUGUUAUUGUUUACAAGAAAUAUGUUUAUAUUUAAUGAACAAAGACAUUUAUCCACUAUUUAUUAUGUUGAUAUUGGCUUAGGUGACAACGGCAACAACAACAAUGGCCAUGGACAUCAUCAACAAAAAUAUAUGGAAUUAUGGUUUUAUACAAUCGUUUCAUUAAUAAAAAUGUUAUUAUCACGUUUUGUAAUCUAUCUUAUUGAUGAAACAGUGGCCAAUAAUGAUUGGGAUGUUGGUGAUUCGGAUUGAAUUUUUUUUAAUCUGAACAAAAAAAAUUAUUUUACGUCAUUUGUGUAAAAGAUAACCGGAAUUCGAAUGUUUAUGAUUUGCUCAAAAAAAACCCAAAAACCAAAAAAGACUUUUUCAGGAUUUUGUUUGAAAAU